AUGCGGAGCACCUAUUCGUAUCUACCUAUCUAUCGAUCGAUACAUCGAUCGAAUAGCCUCUUCAUAUCUAUCUGGUGUAUACAUAUCUAUCUAUCAAUCUAUCUAUCUGUCUGUAGGUCUACCUUUUCUGUUCAUAUCUAUUAUUCUAUCUCAACCCUUAAUAUCUAUCUAUCUAUCUAUCUAGUAUGUACAUAUCUAUCUAUCUGUCUAUCUAUCUGUCCGUCGAUCUAUCUUUUCUGUUCAUAUCUAUUUCAGUUUGUUCAUAUCUAUCUAUCUCUAUCUAUCUAUCUCAUUCUUUUUCAUUUCAUUUUCUUUUUUCUUCCUUCUUUUUCUUUCUUGGUUUGUUUCUUUCUAACAUAUUAUUCUUUCUUUCUAUCUAUCAAAUCCUUUCUGUCUUUCUUUCUAUCGUAUUCUUUCUUUCUAUCUGCCAUAUUCUUUCUUUCUGUCUAUCAUUUCUUUCUUUCUUUCUAUCAACCAUAUUCUUUCUUUCUGUCUAUCAUUUCUUUCUUUCUAUCUAUCUACCAUAUUCUUUCUUUCUGUCUAUCAUUUCUUUCUUUCUUUCUAUCUACCAUAUUCUUUCUUUCUGUCUAUCAUUUCUUUCUUUCUUUCUAUCUACCAUAUUCUUUCUUUCUGUCUAUCAUUUCUUUCUUUCUUUCUAUCUACCAUAUUCUUUCUUUCUGUCUAUCAUUUCUUUCUUUCUUUCUAUCUACCAUAUUCUUUCUUUCUGUCUAUCAUUUUCUUUCUUUCUUUCUAUCUACCAUAUUCUUUCUUUCUGUCUAUCAUUUCUUUCUUUCUUUCUAUCUACCAUAUUCUUUCUUUCUUCUGUCUACUAUCAUUUCUUUUCUUUCUUUCUAUCUACCAUAUUCUUUCUUUCUGUCUAUCAUUUCUUUCUUUCUAUCUAUCUUUCUUUAUUCUUUCUUUCUGUCUAUCAUUUCUUUCUUUCUCUUUUCCAUAUUCUUUCUUUCUCUAUCCUUUCUUUCUAUCUGUCUUUCCAUAUUCUUUCUUUCUGUCUAUCAUUUCUUUCUUUCUUUCUAUCUACCAUAUUCUUUCUUUCUGUCUAUUCUCAUUUCUUUCUUUCUUUCUAUCUACCAUAUUCUUUCUUUCUGUCUAUCAUUUCUUUCUUUCUUUCUAUCUACCAUAUUCUUUCUUUCUGUCUAUCAUUUCUUUCUUUUUCUAUCUACCAUUCUUCUACCAUAUCUUUCCUUCUGUCUUUCUAUUUUUCUUUUUCUAUCAGCUUUCCAUCUUCUUUCUUUCUGUCUUUCUGUUUCUUUCUAUCUAUCUACCAUAUUCUUUCUUUCUGUCUAUCAUUUCUUUUUUCUUUCUUUCUUCUCUUCUAUCUACCAUAUUCUUUCUUUCUUUCCUUCUGUCUAUCAUUUUUCUUUCUUUUUCUUUCUGUCUAUCAUUUCUUUCUUUCUAUCUUUCUAUUUUCCUUUCUUUCUGUCUAUCAUUUUUUUCUUUCUUUCUUUCUAUCUACCAUAUUCUUUCUUUCUGUCUAUCAUUUCUUUCCUUUUUUCUAUCUACCAUAUUCUUUCUUUCUGUCUUUCAUUUCUUUCUUUCUUUCUAUCUACCAUAUUCUUUCUUUCUGUCUAUCAUUUCUUUUCUUUUCUAUCACCUUUCUAUCUACCAUCAUUCUUUCUUUCUUCUAUCAUUUCUUUCUUUCUAUCUUCUUUAUUCUUUCUUUUUUCUUCUCAUUCCAUUCUUUCUUUCUGUCUACCAUUCUUCCUCUUUCUAUCAUUUCUUCUAUCUUUCCUUUCUUUCUUUCUGUCUAUCAUUCUUCUUUCUAUCUGUCUUUCCUUUAUCUUUCUUCUUUCUUUCUAUCUACCAUAUUCUUUCUUUCUAUCUAUCAUUCUUUCUUUUCUUUCUAUCUACCAUUCUUCCUUUUCUUUCUUUCUAUCUUUCAUUUCUUUCUUUCUUUCUAUCUACCAUAUUCUUUCUUUCUGUCUAUCAUUUCUUUCUUUCUUUCUUUCUACCAUCUUCUUUAUCAUUACUUUCUUUCCUUCUGUCUUUUUUCUUUUCUGUUUCUAUUCUUUCUUUCCAUAUUUCUUUUCUGUCUAUUCUUUCUUUCUCUUUCUGUUUCUUUCUUUCUUUCUUUCUAUCAUAUUCUUUCUUUCUUCUUUCUUCUUUCUUUCUGUCUAUCAUUCUAUUCUUUCUUUCCUUCUGUCUUUCCUUCUUUCUUUCUGUCUAUUAUUCUUUCUCUUUCUUUCUUUCCUUCUUCUUUCUACCUCUUUUCCUUUUCUUUCUUUCUUUCUCUCAUUCUUUCUUUUUCUUUCUUUCUUUCUUCUGUCUUUUCUAUCUUCAUCUUUCUUUCUUUCUUUCUUUCUUUCUUCUGUCUUUCCAUCUUCUUCUCCUUUCUGUCUUUCAUUUCUUUCUUCUAUCUUUCCUAUCUUUCUUUCUUCUCUGUCAUUUCUUUCUUUCUUUCUAUCUACCUUUCUUCAUUUCUUUCUUUCUGUCUACCAUUCUUCCUUCUUUCUAUCAUAUCCUUUUCUUUCUUUCUUUCUAUCUUCCUCCUUUCUUCUGUCUUUCUUUUUUUUCUUUCUUUCUCUCUCAUUUCUUUCUAUCUUUCCUUCUGUCUUUUCUGUCUUUCUUUCUUUCUGUCUAUCUUUUUUCUUUCUUUCUAUCAGUCUUUCCUUCUUUCUUUUGUCUAUCAUUUCUUUCUUUUCUAUCUAUCUUUCCUUUCUUUCUUUCUGUCUUUCUUUCUUUUUCUUUCUUUUUCUUUCUUUCUCUACCAUUCUUCUUUCUAUCAUUUUCUUUUUCCUUCUAUCUGUCUAUCAUUUCUUUCUUUCUUUCUCAUCAUCUUUCUUUGUCUUUUCAUUUCUUUCUUUCUUUCUAUCUUUCAUUUCUUUCUUUCUGUCUAUCAUUUCUUUCUUUCUUUCUAUCAGCCUUUCCUUCUGUCUUUCUUCUUUCUUUUUCUAUCUAUCUAUAUUCUUUCUUUCUUUUUCUUGUCUUUCCUUCUGUCUACCAUGUCUAUCAUUCUUUCUUUCUGUCUAUCAUUUCCUUCUUUUCUUUCUGUCUAUUUCUUCUUUCUUUCUAUCAUUUCUUUCUUUUUCUCUUUCCUUCUGUCUUUCUGUCUUCAUUUCUUUCCUUUCUAUCUACCAUAUUUUUCUUUCUUUCUGUCUAUCAUUUCUUUUUUUCUUUCUAUCUACCAUAUUCUUUCUUUCUGUCUUUCAUUUCUUUCUUUCUUUUCUAUCAUUUCUCUUUUCUGUCUUUCAUUUCUUUCUUUCUUUCUACCUUUCCUUCACCUUUCUAUCUUUCCUUCUGUUUUCCUUCUCUUUCUACCAUAUCUCCUUUCUUUCUAUCCAUAUUUCCUUCUUUCUUUCUAUCUAUCAUUCUCUUUCUUUCUUUCUUUCUUUCUAUCUUUUCUUCUGUCUUUCUUUCUAUCAUUCUUUCCUUUCUAUCAAAUAUCCUUCUGUUUUCCUUCUUCUUUUCUGUCUAUCAUUCUUCUUUUCUAUCAGCCUUUCUUCUCUUUCUUCUGUCUUUCUGUCUAUCAUUCUCUUUUCUUUCUGUCUGUCUUUCCUUCUUUUCUUUCAUUUUCCUGUCUAUCAGCCUUUCUUUCUUUCUGUCUAUCAUUCUUCUUUCUUUUCUAUCUAUCUUUCCUUUUUUUCCUUUAUUUCUGUCUAUCAUUUCUUUCUUUCUAUCAGCCUUUCCUUAUUCUUUCUUUGUUUUCUGUCUAUCAUUUCUUUCUUUCUUUCUAUCUUUCUUCCAUUCUUCUUUCUUUCUGUCUAUCAUUUUUUUUUCUUUUCUAUCUGCCUUUCCUUCAUAUUCUUUCUUUCUGUCUCUCAUUCUUUCUUUCUUUCUAUCAGCCUUUCUGUCUUUUCUUCUUUCCUGUCUAUUCUUUCUUUCUGUCUAUCAUUUUCCUUUUCUUUCUUUCUUUCUUCUGUCUUUCUUCUGUCUUUCUGUCUAUCAUUCUUCCUAUUCUAUCUUUUCCUUCUGUCUUUCCUCUAUCAUUUCUCUAUCAUUCUUUCUUUUUCCUUCUGUCUUUCCUUCUGUCUUUCUUUAUCUUCUUCCUCUAUCUAUCAUUUUUCCUUCUGUCUUUCCUUCUGUCUUUCUGUUUCAUUCUUCCUUUCUUUCUAUCAGCCUUUCCUUCUGUCUUUCCUUCUUUCUUUCUGUCUAUCAUUCUUUGCCUUUUAUCAGCCUUUCCUUCUGUCUCCUUCUGUCUUUCAUUCUCUUUCUUUCCUUUCUAUCAUUUCUUCCUUCUGUCUUUCCUUCUGUCUUUCUUCUAUCAUUUUCUUUUCUUUCUGUUUCUAUCUGUCAUUCCUUCUGUUCUUUCUAUCAUUUCAUUUCUUUCCUUCUCUUUCUUUCUGUCCUUUCUUUCAUUUCUAUCAGCCUUUCCUUCUGUCUUUCCUUCUUUCUUUCUGUUUCUUCUUUCUGCCUUUCUAUCAUUUCUUCUGUCUUUCUGUCUAUCAUUUCCUGCCUUUCUAUCAUCCUUUCCUUCUGUCUUUCCUUCUGUCUUUCUUUUUCCUGCCUUUCUAUCAGCCUUUCUUCUUUUCUGUCUUUCUGUUUCUAUCAUUCUUCUUUUCUUUCUUUCUUCUAUCAUUUCUUUCUGUCUAUCAUUUCCCCUGCCUUUCUAUCUUCCUUCUGUCUUUCCUUCUGUCUUUCUGUCUAUCAUUCUCCUUUUCUCCUUCUGUCUUUCCUUCUGUCUUUCUGUCUAUCAUUUCUUUUCUUUCAGCCUUUCCUUCUGUCUUUCUGUCUUCUUUCUUUUGUUUCUAUCAUUCUCCCUUUCUUUCUUCUAUCUUUCCCUUUUUCUAUCUUUCCAUAUUCUUUCUUUCUGUCUAUCAUUCUUUCUUUCUUUCUAUCAGCCUUUCUUUCUGUCUUUCCUUCUGUCUUUCUGUCUUCUUCUUUCUUUUUUCUUUCCUUUGUCUUUCUGUCUAUCUAUUCUUAUAUCUUUCCUUCUGUCUUUCCUUUCUUUCUUUCUUCUUUUCUUCCUGCCUUUCUAUCUCCUUUCUGUCUUUAUCUUUCUAUCUUCUCCUUUCUUUCUAUCAUUUCCUUUCUUUCCUUCUUUUCUGUCUAUCAUUCUUCCUGCCUUUCUAUCAGCCUUUCCUUCUGUCUUUCCUUCUGUCUUUCUGUCUAUCAUUCUUCCUGCCUUUCUAUCAGCCUUUCCUUCUGUCUUUCUUCUGUCUUUCUGUUUUUAUUCAUUCUUUCUUUCCUUCUGUCUUUCCUUCUGUCUUUCUGUCUUUCUAUCUUCCUGCCAUUCUAUCUUUCCUUCUGUCUUUCCUUCUGUCUUUCUUUCAUUCUUCCUGCCUUUCUAUCAUCAUUUCUUUCUUUCCUUCUGUCUUUCUGUUUCUAUCAUUCUUUCUGCUGUCUUUCUAUCAGCCUUUCCUUCUGUCUUUCUUCUGUCUUUCUGUCUAUCAUUCUUCCUCCUUUCUAUCAGCCUUUCCUUCUGUCUUUCUUUCUUCUUUCUGUUCUGUCUUUCUUCCUCUUUCUAUCAUUUCUUUUCCUUCUGUCUUUCUUUCUUUCUUUCUGCCUUCUAUCAUAUUCUUCUCUUUCUGUCUUUCUUUCUGUCUAUCAUUUCUUUCUUUCUUUCUAUCUAUCUUUCUUUCUUUCUGUCUUUCUUUCCUUCUCUUUCUGUCUAUCAUUCUUUUCUUUUCUCCUUUCUGCCUUUCCUUCUGUCUUUCCUUUGUCUUUCUGUCUAUCAUUCUUUCCUUUUCCUUUCCUUCUGUCUCAUUUCUGUCUUUCUUUCUUUCUAUCAGCCUUUCUUCUCUCUUUCCUUCUGUCUUUCUUCCUUUCUUUCUGUCUUUCUAUCAGCCUUUCCUUCUGUCUUUCCUUCUGUCUUUCUGUCUAUCAUUCUUCCUGCCUUUCUAUCAGCCUUUCCUUUCUUUCCUUCUGUCUUUCUGUCUAUCAUUCUUCCUUUUCUAUCAGCCUUUCCUUUCCUUCUGUCUUUCUGUCUUUCUGUCUUCUUUCUUUCUUUCUUUCCUUCUUUCUUUCUGUCUAUCAUUCUUUGCCUUUCUUCUUUUCUUUCUUUCUUUCUGUCUAUCAUUCUCAUUUUUUUCUAUCAUCCUUUCCUUCUGUCUUUCCUUCUGUCUUUCUGUCUAUCAUUCUCCCUGCCUUUCUAUCAGCCUUUCCUUCUGUCUUUCCUUCUGUCUUUCUGUCUAUCAUUCUUCCUGCCUUUCUAUCAGCCUUUCCUUUCUUUCUUCUGUCUUUCUGUCUAUCAUUCUUCCCUUCUUUCUAUCAGCCUUUCCUUCUGUCUUUCCUUCUGUCUUUCUGUCUUUCCUGCCUUUCUAUCAGUCUUUCCUUCUGUCUUUCCUUCUGUCUUUCUGUUUCUUUUUCUCAGCCUUUCUGUCUGUCUUUCCUUCUUCUUUCUGUCUGCCUUUCUAUCAUUUCCUUCUGUCUUUCCUUCUGUCUUUCUGUCUAUCAUUCUCAUUUCUUUUCCUUCUGUCUUUCCUUCUUUUCUGUCUAUCAUUCUUCCUUUUUCUAUCAGCCUUUCCUUCUGUCUUUCCUUCUUUUUCUGUCUAUUUCUUCCUCCUUUCUAUCAGCCUUUCCUUCUGUCUUUCCUUCUGUCUUUCUGUCUAUCAUUCUUCCUGCCUUUCUUUCUUUCCUUCAGCCUUUCUUUCUUUCUGUCCAUCCUUCUUUCUUUCUGUCUUUCAUUUCUUCUUCCUGCUUUCUAUCAGCCUUUCCUUCUGUCUUUCCUUCUGUCUUUCUGUCUAUCAUUCUUUUUUUCUUUCUAUCAGCCUUUUUCUUGUCUUUCCCUUUCUUUCUUUCUGUCUUUCCUUCUGUCUUUCUGUCUAUCAUUCUUUCUUUCUUUCUAUCAUCUUUUCCUUCUGUCUUUCCUUCUGUCUUUCUGUCUAUCAUUCUUCCUGCCUUUCUAUCAGCCUUUCCUUCUGUCUUUCCUUCUGUCUUUCUGUCUAUCAUUCUCGCUGCCUUUCUAUCAGCCUUUCCUUCUGUCUUUCCUUCUGUCUUUCUGUCUAUCAUUCUUCCUGCCUUUCUAUCAGCCUUUCCUUCUGUCUUUCUGUCUAUCAUUCUUCCUGCCUUUCUAUCAGCCUUUCCUUCUGUCUUUCCUUCUGUCUUUCUGUCUAUCAUUCUUCCUGCCUUUCUAUCAGCCUUUCCUUCUGUCUUUCCUUCUGUCUUUCCUUCUGUCUUUCUGUCUAUCAUUCUUCCUGCCUUUCUAUCAGCCUUUCCUUCUGUCUUUCCUUCUGUCUUUCUGUCUAUCAUUCUUCCUGCCUUUCUAUCAGCCUUUCCUUCUGUCUUUCCUUCUGUCUUUCCUUCUGUCUUUCCUUCUGUCUUUCUGUCUAUCAUUCUUCCUGCCUUUCUAUCAGCCUUUCCUUCUGUCUUUCCUUCUGUCUUUCUUUCUAUCAUUCUUCCUGCCUUUCUAUCAGCCUUUCCUUCUGUCUUUCCUUCUGUCUUUCUGUCUAUCAUUCUUCCUGCCUUUCUAUCAGCCUUUCCUUCUGUCUUUCCUUCUGUCUUUCUGUCUAUCAUUCUUUUUCUUUCUUUCCUUCUGUCUUUCCUUCUUUUCUUUCUCUUUCUUCCUUUCUAUCAGCCUUUCCUUCUGUCUUUCCUUCUGUCUUUCUGUCUAUCAUUCUUCCUGCCUUUCUAUCAGCCUUUCCUUCUGUCUUUCCUUCUGUCUUUCUGUCUAUCAUUCUUUUUCUUUCUAUCAUCCUUUCCUUCUGUCUUUCUGUCUAUCAUUCUUCCUGCCUUUCUAUCUAUUUCUUUCUUUCUGUCUUUCUGUCUUCAUUUCUUCCUUCCUUUCUAUCAGCCUUUCCUUCUGUCUUUCCUUCUCUGUCAUUCUUCCUGCCUUUCUAUCAUUUCUUUCCUUCUGUCUUUCUGUCUAUCAUUCUUCCUGCCUUUCUAUCUUUCUUUCUUCUUUUCCUUCUUCUGUCUUUCUGUCUAUCAUUCUUCCUUUUCUUCAGCCUUUCUUCUGUCUUUCCUUCUGUCUUUCUGUCUAUCAUUCUUCCUGCCUUUCUAUCAUUUUUCCUUCUCUUUCCUUCUGUCUUUCUGUCUAUCAUUCUCCCUGCCUUUCUUCAGCCUUUCCUUCUGUCUUUCCUUCUGUCUUUCUGUCUAUCUUUCUUUCUUUCUCUUUCCUUCUGUCUUUCUGUCUAUCAUUCUUCCUGCCUUUCUAUCAGCCUUUCCUUCUGUCUUUCUUCUGUCUUUCUGUCUAUCAUUCUUCCUAUCAUUUCUUUCUUUCUUUCUCUAUCAUUCUUCCUUCCUUUCUAUCAGCCUCUUCAUCAUUCUUUCUUUCUUUCCUUCUUUCUUCUUCUCCCUUUCUUUCUAUCAGCCUUUCUUCUGUCUUUCCUUCUGUCUUUCUGUCUAUCAUUCUUCCUUCCUUUCUAUCAGCCUUUCCUUCUGUCUUUCCUUCUGUCUUUCUAUCAUUCUUCCUGCCUUUCUAUCAGCCUUUCCUUCUUCUUCUGUUUUCUGUCUAUCAUUCUUCCUGCCUUUCUAUCAGCCUUUCCUUCUGUCUUUCCUUCUGUCUUUCUGUCUAUCAUUCUUACUGCCUUUCUAUCUUUCCUUCUGUCUUUCCUUCUCCUUUCCUUCUGUCUUUCCUUCUGUCUUUCUGUCUUCUGUCUUCCUGCCUUUCUAUCAGCCUUUCCUUCUCUUUCCUUCUGUCUUUCUGUCUUCAUUCUUCCUGCCUUUCUUUCAUUUCCUUCUGUCUUUCUGUCUAUCAUUCUUCUUUCUAUCUUUCCUUCUGUCUUUCCUUCUGUCUUUCUGUCUAUCAUUCUUCCUGCCUUUCUAUCAGCCUUUCCUUCUGUCUUUCCUUCUGUCUUUCUGUCUAUCAUUCUCCCUGCCUUUCUAUCAGCCUUUCCUUCUGUCUUUCCUUCUGUCUUUCUGUCUAUCAUUCUUCCUGCCUUUCUAUCAUCCUUCUGUCUUUCCUUCUGUCUUUCUCUAUCAUUCUCCCUCCUUCAGCCUUUCCUUCUUCUUUCCUUCUGUCUUUCUGUCUAUCAUUCUCACUCCCUUUCUAUCAGCCUUUCCUUCUGUCUUUCCUUCUGUCUUUCUGUCUAUCAUUCUCCCUGCCUUUCUAUCAGCCUUUCUUCUGUCUUUCCUUCUGUCUAUCUGUCCUUUCCUUUCUAUCUUUCCUUCUGUCUUUCUGUUUCUUCUCUUUUCUAUCAGCCUUUCCUUCUGUCUUUCCUUCUGUCUUUCUGUCUAUCAUUCUUCCUUUUCUUUCUUUCCUUCUGUCUUUCCUUCUUCUUUCUUUCUAUCAUUCUUCCUCUAUCAGCCUUUCCUUCUGUCUUUCCUUCUGUCUUUCUGUCUAUCAUUCUUCCUUUUCUAUCAGCCUUUCCUUCUGUCUUUCCUUCUGUCUUUCUGUCUAUCAUUCUUCCUCUUUUCUAUCUUUCUAUCAGCCUUUCUUCUCAUUCUUUCCUUUCUGUCUUUCUUUUCUUUCCUUCUGUCAUUUCUUUCUUUUUCUAUCUUUCCUUCUGUCUUUCCUUCUGUCUUUCUGUCUAUCAUUCUUCCUUUCAGCCUUUCCUUCUGUCUUUCCUUCUGUCUUUCUGUCUAUCAUUCUUCCUGCCUUUCUAUCAGCCUUUCCUUCUUCUUUCCUUCUGUCUUUUUCUUCCUGCCUUUCUAUCAGCCUUUCCUUCUGUCUUUCCUUCUGUCUUUCUGUCUAUCAUUCUUCCUGCCUUUCUAUCAGCCUUUCCUUCUGUCUUUCCUUCUGUCUUUUCUUUCUUUCUUUCUCUAUCAUUCCUUUCUUUCUUCUCUUUCUGUCUAUCAUUCUACCUUUUCUUCUUUCUUUCUGUCUAUCAUUCUUCUUUCCUUUCUAUCAGCCUUUCCUUCAUCUUUCUGUUUCUUUCUUGUCUCUAUCAUUCUUCCUGCCUUUCUAUCAGCCUUUCCUUCUGUCUUUCCUUCUGUCUUUCUGUCUAUCAUUCUUCCUGUCUUUCUAUCAGCCUUUCCUUCUGUCUUUCCUUCUGUCUUUCUGUCUAUCAUUCUUCCUGCCUUUCUAUCAGCCUUUCCUUCUGUCUUUCCUUCUGUCUUUCUGUCUAUCAUUCUUCUAUCUGCCUUUCUAUCUUUCCUUCUCCUUUGUCUUCUUUCUUCUGUCUUUCAUUUUCUGUCUAUCAUUCUCCCUGCCUUUCUAUCAGCCUUUCCUUCUGUCUUUCCUUCUGUCUUUCUGUCUAUCAUUCUUCCUGCCUUUCUAUCAGCCUUUCCUUCUGUCUUUCCUUCUGUCUUUCUGUCUUUCUUCCUCCUUUCUAUCAGCCUUUCUUCUGUCUUUCUUCUGUCUUUCUGUUCUUCCUGCCUUUCUAUCAGCCUUUCCUUCUUUCUUUCCUUCUGUCUUUCUGUCUAUCAUUCUCCCUGCCUUUCUAUCAGCCUUUCCUUCUGUCUUUCCUUCUGUCUUUCUGCCUUUCUUCUUCCUUCCCUCAUCCUUCUUCUUUCUCUGUCUAUCUGUCUAUCAUUCUUCCUUUCUUUCCUUUCCUUUCUUUCCUUCUGUCUUUCUGUCUAUCAUUCUUCCUGCCUUUCUAUCAUUCCUUUGUCUUUCCUUCUGUCUUUCUGUCUAUCAUUCUUCCUUCCUUUCUAUCAGCCUUUCCUUCUGUCUUUCCUUCUGUCUUUCUGUCUAUCAUUCUUCCUCUUUCUGUCUUUCUGUCUUUCUCUUUUCUUUUGCCUUUCUAUCAGCCUUUCCUUCUGUCUUUCCUUCUGUCUUUCUGUCUAUCAUUCUUCUUUUCUUUUCUGUCUUUCUGUCUAUCAUUCUUCCUGCCUUUCUAUCAGCCUUUCCUUCUGUCUUUCUGUCUAUCAUUCUUCCUGCCUUUCUAUCAGCCUUUCCUUCUGUCUUUCCUUCUGUCUUUCUGUCUAUCAUUCUUUCCUUCUUUCUAUCAGCCUUUCCUUCUGUCUUUCCAUCUUCUUUCUGUCUAUCAUUCUUCCUGCCUUUCUAUCAGCCUUUCCUUCUGUCUUUCCUUCUGUCUUUCUGUCUAUCAUUCUUCCUUUUCUAUCAGCCUUUCCUUCUGUCUUUUCCUUCUGUCUUUCUGUCUAUCAUUCUUCCUGCCUUUCUAUCAUCCUUUCCUUCUGUCUUUCCUUCUGUCUUUCUGUCUUCAUUCUUCCUGCCUUUCUAUCAGCCUUUCCUUCUUCUCUUUCUGUCUAUCAUUCUUCCUUUUCUAUUUUCCUUCUGUCUUUCCUUCUGUCUUUCUGUCUAUCAUUCUUCCUUCCUUUCUAUCAGCCUUUCCUUCUGUCUUUCCUUCUGUCUUUCUGUCUAUCAUUCUUCCUGCCUUUCUAUCAGCCUUUCCUUCUGUCUUUCCUUCUGUCUUUCUGUCUAUCAUUCUUCCUGCCUUUCUAUCAGCCUUUCCUUCUGUCUUUCUGUCUAUCAUUCUUCCUGCCUUUCUAUCAGCCUUUCCUUCUGUCUUUCCUUCUGUCUUUCUGUCUAUCAUUCUUCCUGCCUUUCUAUCAGCCUUUCCUUCUGUCUUUCCUUCUGUCUUUCUGUCUAUCAUUCUUCCUGCCUUUCUAUCAGCCUUUCCUUCUGUCUUUCUGUCUAUCAUUCUUCCUGCCUUUCUAUCAGCCUUUCCUUCUGUCUUUCCUUCUGUCUUUCUGUCUAUCAUUCUUCCUGCCUUUCUAUCAGCCUUUCCUUCUGUCUUUCUGUCUAUCAUUCUUCCUGCCUUUCUAUCAGCCUUUCCUUCUUCUUUCCUUCUGUCUUUCUAUCUAUUUCUUUUUCUUUCUUCCUUCUGUCUUUCCUUCUGUCUUUCAUCAUUCUUCUUCAGCCUUUCCUUCUGUCUUUCCUUCUGUCUUUCUGUCUAUCAUUCUUUGCUUUCUAUUCUCCCUGCCUUUCUAUCAUUUCCUUCUUCUUUCCUUCUUCUUUCUGUCUAUCAUUCUUCCUUUUCUAUCAGCCUUUCCUUCUGUCUUUCCUUCUGUCUUUCUGUCUAUCUUCUUCCUGCCUCUGUCUUUUUCCUUCUGUCUCUGUCUUCUUCCUGCCUUUCUAUCUUUCCUUCUGUCUUUCCUUCUGUCUUUCUGUCUAUCAUUCUUCCUGCCUUUCUAUCAGCCUUUCCUUCUGUCUUUCCUUCUGUCUUUCUGUCUAUCAUUCUUCCUGCCUUUCUAUCAGCCUUUCCUUCUGUCUUUCCCUUCUUCUUUCUGCCUUUCUAUCUUUCCUUCUUCUUCUUUCUUUCUGUCUGUCAUUCUUCUCUUUCUUUUUCCUUCUGUCUUUCCUUCUGUCUUUCUGUCUAUCAUUCUUCCUGCCUUUCUAUCAGCCUUUCCUUCUGUCUUUCUGUCUAUCAUUCUCCCUGCCUUUCUAUCAGCCUUUCCUUCUGUCUUUCCUUCUGUCUUUCUCUCUAUCAUUCUUUCUGUCUUUCCUUCUUUUUCUUCUCUUUCUAUCAUUCUCCUGCCUUUCUAUCAUUUCCUUCUGUCUUUCCUUCUGUCUUUCUGUCUAUCAUUCUUCUUGCCUUUCUAUCAGCCUUUCCUUUUCUUUCUUCUGUCUUUCUGUCUAUCAUUCUUCCUGCCUUUCUAUCAUUUUCCUUCUGUCUUUCUUCUGUCUUUCUGUCUAUCAUUCUUCUUGCCUUUCUAUCAGCCUUUCCUUCUGUCUUUCCUUCUGUCUUUCUGUCUAUCAUUCUUCCCCUUUCUAUCAUUUCCUUCUGUCUUUCCUUCUGUCUCUUUCUUUUCCUUCUGUCUUUCUGUCUUUCUCCUGCCUUUCUUUCUUUCUGUCUUUCCUUCUGUCUUUCUUCUAUCAUUCUCCUGCCUUUCAUUUCCUUCUGUCUUUUCUGUCUAUCAUUCUUCCUGCCUUUCUAUUUCUUUCUUUCUGUCCUUCUUUCUUUGUCUUUCUGUCUAUCAUUCUUCCUGCCUUUCUAUCAUUUCCUUCUGUCUUUCCUUCUGUCUAUCUAUCAUUCUUCCUUUUUCUAUCAGCCUUUCCUUCUGUCUUUCCUUCUGUCUUUCUGUCUAUCAUUCUUCCUUUUCUUCAGCCUUUCCUUCUGUCUUUCCUUCUGUCUUUCUGUCUAUCAUUCUUCCUGCCUUUCUAUCAUUUCCUUCUGUCUUUCCUUCUGUCUUUCUGUCUAUCAUUCUUCCUGCCUUUCUAUUCUUCUUUCCUUCUGUCUUCUGUCUUUCUUUCUAUCUUUUCUUUCUUUCUAUUCUUUCUUUCCUUUCUAUCUUUCCUUCUGUCUUUCCUUCUGUCUUUCUGUCAUUCUUUCCUUUCUAUCAGCCUUUCCUUCUGUCUUUCCUUCUGUCUUUCUGUCUAUCAUCAGCCUUUCCUUCUGUCUUUCCUUCUGUCUUUCUGUCUAUCAUUCUUCUUCCCUUUUCUAUCAGCCUUUCUUUCCUUCUGUCUUUCUCUGUCUAUCUUCUUCUUCUGUUUCUAUCAUUUCUUUCUUUCUUCUGUCUUUCCUUCAUUCUUCCUGCCUUUCUAUCAGCCUUUCCUUCUGUCUUUCCUUCUGUCUUUCUGUCUAUCAUUCUUCCUGCCUUUCUAUCAGCCUUUCCUUCUGUCUUUCCUUCUGUCUUUCUGUCUAUCAUUCUUCUUUCUAUCUUUCCUUCUGUCUUUCCUUCUGUCUAUCAUUCUUCCUGCCUUUCUAUCAGCCUUUCCUUCUGUCUUUCCUUCUGUCUUUCUGUCUCAUUCUUCCUGCCUUUCUAUCAGCCUUUCCUUCUGUCUUUCUGUCUAUCAUUCUCCCUGCCUUUCUAUCAGCCUUUCCUUCUGUCUUUCCUUCUGUCUUUCUGUCUAUCAUUCUUCCUGCCUUUCUAUCAGCCUUUCCUUCUGUCUUUCUGUCUAUCAUUCUCCCUGCCUUUCUAUCAGCCUUUCCUUCUGUCUUUCCUUCUGUCUUUCCUUCUGUCUUUCUGUCUAUCAUUCUUCCUGCCUUUCUAUCAGCCUUUCCUUCUGUCUUUCCUUCUGUCUUUCUGUCUAUCAUUCUUUUCUGCCUUUCUAUCAUUUCCUUCUUUCUUUCCUUUCUUUCUGUCUAUCAUUCUCCCUUUUCUAUCAGCCUUUCCUUCUGUCUUUCCUUCUGUCUUUCUGUCUAUCAUUCUUCCUUUCCUUUCUAUCAGCCUUUCCUUCUUCUUUCUUUUGUCUUUCUGUCUAUCAUUCUUCCUGCCUUUCUAUCAGCCUUUCCUUCUGUCUUUCCUUCUGUCUUUCUGUCUUCAUUCUUCCUGCCUUUCUAUCAGCCUUUCUUUCCUUUUCUGUCUAUCAUUCUUUCUAUCAGCUUUCCUUCUGUCUUUCUGUCUUUCAUUUCUUCUUCUUUCCUUUCUAUCAGCCUUUCCUUCUGUCUUUCCUUCUGUCUUUCUGUCUAUCUUUCUUCCUGCCUUUCUAUCAGCCUUUCCUUCUGUCUUUCCUUCUGUCUUUCUGUCUAUCAUUCUUUCCUUUCUAUCAGCCUUUCCUUCUGUCUUUUCCUUUCUGUCUUUUUCUAUCAUUCUUUCUGUCUAUCAUUCUUCCUGCCUUUCCUUCUGUCUUUCCUUCUGUCUUUCUGUCUAUCAUUCUCCCUGCCUUUCUAUCAGCCUUUCCUUCUGUCUUUCCUUCUGUCUUUCUGUCUAUCAUUCUUCCUGCCUUUCUAUACGCCUAUCCUUCUGUCUUUCCUUUGUCUUUCUCUCUAUCAUUCUUCCUGCCUUUCUAUCAGCCUUUCCUUCUGUCUUUCCUUCUGUCUUUCUGUCUAUCAUUCUUCCUGCCUUUCUAUCAGCCUUUCCUUCUGUCUUUCUUCUUCUGUUCUUUCUUUCAUUUCUUCCUCUUUCUAUCUUCCUGCCUUUCUUUUCCUUCUGUGUCUUUCUUUCUGUCUAUCUUCCUGCCUUUCAUUCUUUCUUUCUUCUAUCAGCCUUUCCUUCUGUCUUUCCUUCUGUCUUUCCUAUCAUUCUUCCUUUCCUUUCUAUCAGCCUUUCCUUCUGUCUUUCCUUCUGUCUUUCUGUCUAUCAUUCUUCCUCUCAGCCUUUCCUUCUGUCUUUCCUUCUUUUCUGUCUAUCAUUCUUCCUUUUCUAUCAGCCUUUCCUUCUGUCUUUCCUUCUGUCUUUCUGUCUAUCAUUCUUCCUUUUUUCUAUCAGCCUUUCCUUCUGUCUUUCCUUCUGUCUUUCUGUCUAUCAUUCUUCCUGCCUUUCUAUCAGCCUUUCCUUCUGUCUUUCCUUCUUCUUUCUGUCUAUCAUUCUUCCUGCCUUUCUAUCAUUUCCUUUCUUUCUGUCUUUCCUUCUGUCUUUCUGUCUAUCAUUCUUCUGCCUUUCUAUCAUCUUUCCUUCUGUCUUUCUGUCUAUCAUUCUUCCUGCCUUUCUAUCAUUUCCUUCUGUCUUUCCUUCUGUCUUUCUGUCUAUCAUUCUUCCUGCCUUUCUAUCAGCCUUUCCUUCUGUCUUUCCUUCUGUCUUUCUGUCUAUCAUUCUCCUUUUCUAUCAGCCUUUCCUUCUGUCUUUCCUUCUGUCUUCAUUCUUCCUGCCUUUCUAUCAUUUCCUUCUGUCUUUCUGUCUUCUUUCUUCCUCUCAUUCUUUCCUUCUCUUUCCUUCAUUUUCUUCUGCCUUUCUGUCCUUCUGUCUUUCUGUCUAUCAUCUUCCUGCCUUUCUUCUGCCUUUCCUUCUCUUUCUGUCUUUCCUUCUGUCUUUCCUUUCUUUCUGUCUCUUCUUCCUGCCUUUCUAUCAGCCUUUCCUUUCUGUUCUUUUCUGUCUUCAUUCUUCCUGCCUUUCUAUCAGCCUUUCCUUCUUUCUUUCCUUCUGUCUUUCUGUCUAUCAUUCUUCCUUUUCCCUUCUGUCUUUCCUUCUGUCUUUCUGUCUCAUUCUUUGCCUUUCUAUCAUCCUUUCCUUCUGUCUUUCCUUCUUUCUUUCUGUCUAUCAUUCUCCUUUUCUUUCCUUCUGUCUUUCCUUCUGUCUUUCUGUCUAUCAUUCUUCCUGCCUUUCUAUCAGCCUUUCCUUCUUCUUUCUUCUUCUUUCUGUCUAUCAUUUUUCCUUUCUUUCUUUCUCUAUCAUUCUCCCUGCCUUUCUAUCAUUUCUUCUCUCUUCCUUCUGUCUUUCUGUCUAUCAUUCUUCUGCCUUUCUAUCAGCCUUUCCUUCUUCUUUUCUUUCUUUCUUCAUUCCUUCUAUCAGCUUUUCCUUCUGUCUUUCCUUCUGUCUUUCUGUCUAUCAUUCUUCCUGCCUUUCUAUCAGCCUUUCCUUCUGUCUUUCCUUCUGUCUUUCUGUCUAUCAUUCUUCCUGCCUUUCUAUCAGCCUUUCCUUCUGUCUUUCCUUCUGUCUUUCUGUCUAUCAUUCUUCCUGCCUUUCUAUCAGCCUUUCCUUCUGUCUUUCUGUCUAUCAUUCUUCCUGCCUUUCUAUCAGCCUUUCCUUCUGUCUUUCUGUCUAUCAUUCUCCUGCCUUUCUAUCAGCCUUUCCUUCUGUCUUUCCUUCUGUCUUUCUGUCUAUCAUUCUUCCUGCCUUUCUAUCAGCCUUUCCUUCUGUCUUUCCUUCUGUCUUUCUGUCUAUCAUUCUUCCUGCCUUUCUAUCAGCCUUUCCUUCUGUCUUUCCUUCUGUCUUUCAUCUAUCAUUCUCCUGCCUUUCUAUCAGCCUUUCCUUCUUCUUUCCUUCUGUCUUUCUGUCUAUCAUUCUCCUGCCUUUCUAUCAGCCUUUCCUUUCUUUCCUUCUGUCUUUCUGUCUAUCAUUCUUCCUGCCUUUCUAUCAGCCUUUCCUUCUGUCUUUCCUUCUGUCUUUCUGUCUGUCAUUCUCCUUUCAGCCUUUCCUUCUGUCUUUCCUUCUGUCUUUCUGUCUCUCAUUCUUCCUGCCUUUCUAUCAGCCUUUCCUUCUGUCUUUCUGUCUAUCAUUCUUCCCUUUUCUUCAGUCUUUCCUUCUCUUUCCUUUCUAUCUUUCCUUCUGUCUUUCUCAUUCUUCCUGCCUUUCUAUCAGCCUUUCCUUCUGUCUUUCCUUCUGUCUUUCUGUCUAUCAUUCUUCCUUUUCUUUCCUUCCUUUCCUUCUGUCUUUCCUUCUGUCUUUCUUUCUGUCUAUCUUUUCCUUUUCUUUCAGCCUUUCCUUCUGUCUUUCCUUCUGUCUUUCUGUCUAUCAUUCUUCCUGCCUUUCUAUUUCUGUCUUUCCUUCUGUCUUUCUGUCUAUCAUUCUUCCUGCCUUUCUAUCAGCCUUCUUUGUCUAUCCUUCUGUCUUUCUGUCUAUCAUUUCUUUCCUUUCUAUCAGCCUUUCCUUCUGUCUUUUUGUCUGUCUAUCUAUUUCUUCCUGCCUUUCUAUCAGCCUUUCCUUCUUUUCCUUCUGUCUUUCUGUCUUUCUGUCUAUCAUUUCUUUCUUUCUUUCUAUUCCUGCCUUUCUAUCAGCCUUUCCUUCUUUCUUUCCUUCUGUCUUUCUGUCUUCAUUCUUUCUUUCUAUCAGCCUUUCCUUCUGUCUUUCCUUCUGUCUUUCUGUCUAUCAUUCUUCCUGCCUUUCUAUCAGCCUUUCCUUCUGUCUUUCCUUCUGUCUUUCUGUCUAUCAUUCUUCCUGCCUUUCUAUCAUUUCCUUCUGUCUUUCCUUCUUCUUUCUUCUCAGCCUUUCCUUCUGUCUUUCCUUCUGUCUUUCUGUCUAUCAUUCUCUUUUCUAUCUUUUUCCUUCUAUCUUUUCCUUCUGUCUUUCUGUCUAUCAUUCUUCCUCCUUUCUAUCAUUUUCCUUCUGUCUUUUUCUGUCUUUCUCUAUUCUUCCUGCCUUUCUAUCAGCAUUUCUUUCUUUCUUCUGUCUUUCUAUCAUUUCUUUCUAUCUUUCCUUCUCUUUCCUUCUGUCUUUCUGUCUAUCAUUCUUUCCUUUCUAUCAGUCUUUCCUUUCUUUCUUUCUUUCUAUCAUUCUUCCUGCCUUUCUAUCAUUUCCUUUGUCUUUUCUGUCUUUCAUUCUCUUUUCCUGCCUUUCUAUCUUUCUUCUGUCUUUCCUUCUCCUUUCUUUCUGUCUAUCAUUCUUUCCUUUCUUUCAGCCUUUCCUUCUGUCUUUCCUUCUGUCUUUCUGUCUAUCAUUCUCCUGCCUUUCUAUUUUCUUCUGUCUUUCCUUCUGUCUUUCUGUCUAUCCCUUCUUUCCUCAGCCUUUCCUUCUGUCUUUCCUUCUGUCUUUCUGUCUAUCAUUCUUCCUGCCUUUCUAUCAUUUCCUUGUCUUUCCUUCUGUCUAUCUAUCAUUCUUCCUGCCUUUCAUAUCAGCCUUUCCUUCUGUCUUUCAUUUCUUCUUUUCUUUGCCUUUCUAUCAGCCUUUCCUUCUGUCUUUCCUUUCUGUCUUUCUGUCUAUCAUUCUUUCCUUUCUAUCAGCUUUCCUUCUCUUCUGUCUUUCAUUUCUAUCAUUCUUUCCUUCUUUCUUUCCUUCUGUCUUUCAUUCCUUUUUCUAUCAGCCUUUCCUUCUGUCUUUCCCAUCUGUCUUUCUGUCUAUCAUUCUUCCUGCCUUUCUAUCAUUUUUCUUUCUUUCUGUCUGUCUUUCUGUCUUUUCUUUCUGUCUAUCAUCAUUUCUUUCUUUCUAUCAUUUCUUCUGUCUUUCCUUCUGUCUUUCUGUCUAUCAUUCUUCCUGCCUUUCUAUUUUCCUUCUGUCUUUCCUUCUGUCUUUCUUUCUAUCAUUCUUCCCUGCAUCAGCCUUUCCUUCUGUCUUUCUGUCUAUUCUUCCUAUUUCUCUUCUGUCUUUCCUUCUGUCUUUCUGUCUAUCAUUCUUCCUUCUUUCUAUCAGCCUUUCCUUCUGUCUUUCUUUGUCUUUCUGUCUAUCAUUCUUCCCUGCCUUUCUAUCAUUUCCUUUCUUUCUUUCUUUCAUUCUUCCUUUCUUUCUAUCAUUCUUUCCUUCUUCUGUCUUUCCUUCUCAUUCUUCUUUUCUUCCUUUUUCUAUCCUUCUGUCUUUCCUUCUUUCUUUCUGUCUAUCAUUCUCCUGCCUUUCUUUUCCUUCUGUCUUUCCUUCUGUCUUUCUGUCUUUCUUUCUUUCAUGUCUUUCCUUCUGUCUUUCCUUCUGUCUUUUCUUUUCUUCUGUCUUUCUAUCACCAUUCUGUCUUUCCUUCUUCUUUCUGUCUAUCAUUCUUUCUUUCUGUCUAUCAUUCUUUUCCUUUCUUUCUAUCAUAUUCUUCUGUCUUUCUGUCUAUCAUUCUUCCUGCCUUUCUAUCAUUUCCUUCUCUUUCUUCUGUCUUUCUGUCUAUCAUUUCUUUCUUUUCUUCUUUCUAUCAUUCCUUUCCUUCUGUCUUUUCUUUCUGUCUUCUGUCUAUCAUUUCCCUGCCUUUCUUUCUGUCUUUCUGUCUUUCAUUCUUUCUUUCUUUCUAUCUUUUUCUGUUUCUAUCUAUUCAUUUCUUUUCUUUCUUUCUUUCUUCCUGCUUUCUGUCUUCAUUUCUUUUUCCUUCUCUUUCAUCAUUUUUUCUUUCUUUCUAUCAUUUUCCUUCUGUCUUUUUCUUUUUCUGUCUAUCAUUCUUCUUUCUUUCUGUCUUUCAUUUCUUUCCUUCUGUCUUUCUGUCAUUCUCCCAUUUUCUUUCUGUCUUCUGUCUUUCCUUCUGUCUUUCUGUCAUUUCUUUCCUUUCUGUUUCCUUCUCUUUUUUCUUUCUUUAUCUUUUUCCUUCUCUAUCUAUCUUUCUUCUAUCUUCUCUGUCUUUCUUUCUGUCUUUCUUCUGUCUUUCUGUCUAUCAUUCUCCUUUCCUUUCUAUCAUUUCCUUCUGUUUUCUUUCUGUCUUUCUGUCUAUCUUCUUCCCUUUCUUUCUUCUUUCUGUCUAUCAUUUCUUUUCUUUUCUUCUUUCCUUCUGUCUAUCAUUCUUCCUGCCUUUCUAUCAGCCUUUCCUUCUUCUUUCUGUCUAUCAUUUCUUUCUUUUCUUUCUAUCUACCAUAUUCUUUCUUCUUUUCUCUGUUUCUAUCAUUUCUUUCUUUCUAUCCCAUAUUUCUUUCUUUCUGUCUUUCAUUUUCUAUCUUUUUCUUUUUUCCUUCUGUCUUUCUUCUUUCUUUCUGUCAUUCUUUUUUUCUAUUCUAUUCCUUUUUUCUUUCUUUCUGUCUAUCAUUCUUCCUGCCUUUCAUCAGCCUUUCCUUCUUUCUUUCUUUCUGUCUAUCAUUUCUUUCUUUCUUUCUAUCUUUCCAUAUUCUUUCUUUCAUCAUUCUUCCUGCCUUUCUAUCAUUUCUUUCUUUCUUCUGUCUUUCUUUCUUUCUAUCAGCCUUUCCUUCUGUCUAUCAUUUUCUUUCUUCUUUCUUUCUUAUUUCUAUCUGUCUACCAUUCCUUCUUUCUGUCUAUCAUUCUUCCUGCCUUUCUAUCAGCCUUUCAUUUGUCUUUUCUUUGUUUUUCUGUCUAUCAUUCUUCCUGCCUCUACCAUAUUCUUUCUUUCUGUCUAUCAUUUCUUUCUUUCUUUCUAUCUACCAUAUUCUUUCUUUCUGUCUAUCAUUUCUUUCUUUCUAUCUAUCUACCAUUCUGUUCUUUCUUUCUGUCUAUCAUUUCCUUUCUUUCUUUCUAUCUACCAUAUUCUUUCUUUCUGUCUAUCAUUUCUUUCUUUCUUUCUUUCUUUCUGUCUACUAUCAUUCUUUCUUUCUGUCUAUCAUUUCUUUCUUUUUCUUUCUUUCUUCCUCUACCAUAUUCUUUCUUUCUGUCUAUCAUUUCUUUCUUUCUUUCUUUCUAUCUUUCCUGUCUUUAUUCUUUCUUUCUGUCUAUCAUUUCUUUCUUUCUAUCUAUCUUUUCAUUCUCUUUCCUUCUGUCUUUCUGUCUAUCAUUCUCCCUGCCUUUCUAUCAGCCUUUUCCUUCUGUCUUUCCUUCUUUCUUUCUGUCUAUUUCUUUCUUUCUUUCUAUCAUUUUCUUUCUUUCUGUCUAUCUGUCUAUUUCUCCCUUCUUUCUAUCUAUUUCCUUCUGUCUUUCCUUCCUUUCUUUCUUUCUGUUUCUAUCAUUUCUUUCUUUCUUUCUAUCUACCAUAUUCUUUCUUUCUGUCUAUCAUUUCUUUUCUUUCUUUCUUUCUUUCUAUCCUAUUGUCUUUCCAUUUCUAUCUAUCUUUCUUUCUGUCUAUCAUUUCCUUUCUUUCUUCUCUAUUCUACCAUAUUCUUUCUUUCUGUCUAUCAUUUCUUUCUUUCUUUCUAUCUACCAUAUUCUUUCUUUCUGUCUUUCAUUUCUUUCUUUCUUUCUAUCUUUCCAUAUUCUUUCUUUCUGUCUAUCAUUUCUUUCUUUCUUUCUUUCUGUCUAUCAUUCUCCCUUCUUUCCUUCUUUCUUUCUGUCUGUCUUUCUUUCUUCUACCAUUUCUUCUUUCUUUCUGUCUUUCAUUUAUCUUCUUUCUUUCUAUCUACCAUUUUCUUUCUUUCUGUCUAUCAUUUCUUUCUUUCUUUCUAUCUUUCUGUCAUAUUCUUUCUUUCUGUCUAUCAUUUCUUUCCUUCUUUCUUUCUAUCUACCAUAUUCUUUCUUUCUGUCUAUCAUUUCUUUCUUUCUUUCUAUCUAUCAUAUUCUUUCUUUCUAUCUAUCAUUUCUUUCUUUCUUUCUAUCUCUGUCUAUCAUUUCUUUUUUCUUUCUAUCAUUUCUUUCUUUCUGUCUAUCAUUUCUUCUUUUUCUGUCUUUCUUUCUUUCUACCUAUAUUCUUUCUUUCUGUCUAUCAUUUCUUUUUCUUUCUUUCUGUCUACCAUAUUCUUUCUAUCUUUCCUUCUGUCUUUCCUUCUUUCUUCUAUCUUUCUGUCUAUUAUUUUUUCUUUCUUUUCUUUCUUUCUUUCUACCAUAUUCUUUCUUUCUGUCUAUCAUUUCUUUCUUUCUUUCUAUCUUUCCAUCUUCUUUCUUUCUGUCUAUCAUUUCUUUCUUUCUUUCUAUCUACCAUAUUCUUUCUUUCUGUCUAUCAUUUCUUUCUUUCUUUCUAUCUACCAUAUUCUUUCUUUCUGUCUAUCAUUUCUUUCUUUCUUUCUAUCUACCAUAUUCUUUCUUUCUGUCUAUCAUUUCUUUCUUUCUAUCUACCAUAUUCUUUCUUUCUGUCUAUCAUUUCUUUCUUUCUAUCUAUCUUUCUUUCUUUCUAUCUAUCAUAUUUCUUUCUUUCUUUCUAUCUCUUUCCUUUCUAUCUAUUUCUUUCUUUCUGUCUAUCAUUUUCUUUCUUUCUAUCUAUCUACCAUAUUCUUUCUUUCUGUCUAUCAUUUCUUUCUUUCUUUCUACCUAUCAUAUUCUUUCUUUUCUGUCUAUCAUUUCUUUCUUUCUUUCUAUUUUCUUUCUUUCUGUCUAUCAUUUCUUUCUUUCUUUCUAUCUACCAUAUUCUUUCUUUCUGUCUAUCAUUUCUUUUUCUUUCUAUCUAUCUAUAUUCUUUCUUUCUUUCUAUCUAUUCUUUCUUUCUUCUUUCUAUCUUUCCUUCUAUCUUUAGUAUAUUUAUUUAUUUUUUUUUUUUCUUUCUUUCUCUAUUCUUUCUAUUUUCUUCAUUCUUUCUAUCUUUCUACCUAUUUUCUUUUUCUCAUUUCCUCUAUUAUAUUCAUUUUCUAUCUCUCUUUAUUUUCUUUUUUUUCUUUCUUUCUUUCUUCUUUCUUUAUUUAUUUUUUCUAUUUAUUCUAUCUUUUUUUAUUCUUUUUUCUUUCUUUCUGCCUUUCUUUCAAUCUAUUAUCUUUAUUUAUUUAUUUAUUUAUUUAUUUCUCCUCUAUCUUUUUAUCAUAUUCUUCUUUCUUUCUGUCUUUCUUUUUAUCUAUCUAUCUAUCUAUCUAUCAAUCAUAUUCUUGCGUCUUUCUUUCUUUCUUUCUCCUCUAUCUGUUUAUCAUAUUCUUCUUUCUUUCUGUCUUUCUUGCUUUCUAUCUAUCUAUCUAUCUAUCUAUCUAUCUAUCUAUCUAUCUAUCUAUCUAUCUAUCAUAUUCUUGCGUCUUUCUUUCUGUCUUU